UUUUACUCUUUUGAACUGAUCCGGAGUAAAAAGAGCAAAUAUUUGUAAUAACUUAACGGAAAUAUAAUUCUAUUUAUCACCCAGAUAUUUGACAAGAGUCAUGUCAAAUGACAUAAAAAAAAAAGAAGAAUUUUGUUAUGACAACUGACAGCUGCUAGAAACGUCAUCCCUUUUUUUUGUAAACAUCAACAAAAAGGGGGCCCACCACCAAAACAACCAAAAACCAUGAAAAUUUAAUAGAAUAAUGGGCUCCUCCGCAAUAAUUCUUCUUUUUCUAUUGGUCGAAUGUUUCGAGGGCACGCACGUGACAGGUACCUUUAGCUCAAACGACUUUUUCAAAUUUUUAAUCAAAUUCGGGUUCCAAAAAACAGACCGGCACUCGCCCGACUCCUCGCACGGGUACAUUUACGGUAACGUGACGUCACGCGACCGGUUCCCGGUUCCGGUUACUUUUGCAGUACUCGACCGGUUGUAUUUCCUUGAUUAUUAUAAAAAUAGGGCCAUUUAUGAUAGAGAUGAGGCCUGUAAGAGGAUGUUUGGUAAGUUGAAUACAAGGGCCUACGAUUCCAAAUGUAGCGACCAAGGCCGGGAUUAUUUGAGAAAAGUACCUUGCCCUAAAGGCCGGUUGUGUUUGGAUGAAGACAACCAAUGGAAUGUUGUUAAAAACCAUCAAUUUACUUACGUCAUCAAAGAUUUUAAACAGCCCUCAUUUUGGUAUGUAUCAAUGGUUGCCUGCUACCAUAAUACAACCACCUGUCAAUGGCACCACUACCAACCGAAAACUCCUUACCAAAUCGAGUACGACUUUUGGUUGGUCAAUGGAAACCCUAAUAGUUCAAGUUUUAGUACCCACCAAUUCUCAUUUGACCGCCAAAAUACAUUGGAACUGUAUUUGGUUUUCUGGAUUUGCUACAUGGUACUGGUACCACUGCAAUGUCACGCUGUCAGGAUUCAAAAACAUCCAGUCACCAGAUUAUUCACUGCGAGCCUCCUAUUGGACUUUGUGGCUCUUUGCCUCAAUUUACUCCAUACACUGAAGUUCGCCCUCAACGGUCAAGGAUUUCCCACAAUUCAAAUGAUCGGCGACAUUUGUGACAUCUUGUCAAGGACAUCUUUUAUGCUACUCUUGCUCCUAUUGGCCAAAGGCUGGGCGGUUACCAGGCUGGAAUUGACUUGGAAACCUUUGGUGUUUGCCAUUUGGCUUUGUUACGGCAUCGUACACAUUCUACUCUAUGUUUGGAAUUUGACUGAAGUUGACAUAAUCGAGGAUAUUGACGAGUACCAAACAUGGCCGGGCUGGUUGAUAAUCGUUUUUAGAUCCUUGAUAAUGUGCUGGUUCUUGUACGAACUCCGAACAACAAUGUUCUAUGAGCACAACGCGCAAAAGUUACACUUUUUACUCCAUUUUGGAGCAUCGAGCCUUGUUUGGUUCAUAUAUUUACCAAUAUUAGCCCUAAUAGCACUACACGUUUCUGCUCUAUGGCGGUUCAAAUUGCUGCUCGGAAUCACUUACUCGGCCGAUUGUUUCGCGUACUGCGUUAUGGCGCACCUGCUCUGGCCCACUCGCUCCGAACAGUAUUUUUUGCUCAAAGGACCCUCUUCGGCCGAUUUGGAGGAGUUGGACGAGUUCAAUGAAGCCCCCCAUGUGGUCAACAACUCGUAUACGUCACUGAGCAGCCAAACGUCAAAAAGCGAACCGCUGAUUGCGUAAAAAAAUUGAGUUUUUCUGUGUUUUUUUUUUUUUAGGUUGCCAAUAAUUCCAAGUGUCAAUUUAACGCCACAUCGAUCAAUUCCCAGAGUAUUCUUGUAAUAUAAACCUGCAACAAGUUGGA